AUGGGCAAAGAGAUGGCCAACAAUCUGCUCUCAAAAACACUCGCUGCCCAUCCUGACCCUGCCGUCACGUUCGUCGUACACGACACAUUCGAGCAGUCAAUCACGCGCUUCCUAACAGCCAACACGUCGCUUCAUGCCAACCGCAAUAUCCUUGCCGCUUCGUCGCCCGCGGGCAUCGCAAAGCUGUCCGGAACCAUCGUGACGAUGCUCCCCUCUUCGCCCGAAGUGGAGAGCGUCUACACACACGAAAACGGCAUUUUGGAUGGACUCGAGUCGUACAAGGAUGCUGCAGCCGACGAUGUGCAGGCCAAGACGCUGUGCAUCGACUGUACCACGCUCGACCCGGACGUCGCUGUCUCCACAGCCACCAAGAUCAAGACCGCCAACGCACACGGGGCAUUCGACAUGAUCGAUGCGCCUGUCUCAGGUGGUGUGGUCGGCGCCAACGCAGGCACGCUCUCGUUCAUGGUCGGUUCGGACUCUCCCAUCGCUUUCGCCGCAGCGGAGCCGCUGCUUGCCAUGAUGGGCUCGCGCGCUAUUCACUGCGGCAAGAACGGCAACGGUCUGAUCGCCAAGAUCGCCAACAACCUCUUGCUGGGCAUCUCGAUGCUCGGCGUCACAGAAGCGAUGCUGCUCGGCACCGCACAUGGAUUGCCACCCAACGUGCUCGCCGGCAUCAUCAACACGUCGACGGGCAAGUGCUGGUCGAGCGAGGUCAACAACCCCUGCCCCGGUGCGCUUGAGGGAACCAAGUACAGCCCGCCGGCGGAUCGCGAUUACCAGGGCGGCUUUGCCGCACGCCUGAUGGCCAAGGAUCUGAAGCUGGCGAUGAACACGGCAAAGCUGCAGGGCGUGCCGACACCGUUGGGCCAGCUGACGGCUAGUAUCUAUCAGGCAUUGGGCGGGAACGACGAGUUCAAGGACAAGGACUUUGCGGUCGCGUUCAAGGCAUUGAGCGCUGCCCUCGGUCGGGAGGAGUUCAAGGGGGCACGGGAGAAGGUCUAG